AUGGAUGUGGACAAACGGACUACCACCAUAUGCACAGUCGUCGCCAUUGAUCACACCGCCUUGUAUUACACAGUGUGUUCCUUCUGUGAGAGAACUCUCCCCGAAACCAACACCGCGCCGCCGUCCGUAACUCACUGUGAUCACUGCAAUUUCACUAGAAAUACUAGUGCUGUUCCUCACCGCGGCGGUGGCGGCUCUACUUCUAAACGCUUAUUUCGCGUCCUUAUGUCCGUAGCGACAGAGACGAAGGUGUUUGAGGUGGUCAUGUUUGACAGGGCUGCUAGGGUUCUCUUUGGUUGCUCUGCUCAAGAUUUCGUUGAUUUCGCCAAGCUUCAUCCCUUUUCCGGUGAGACUGCAAGUAAGAUUCUGGAGGGAGAGAUGUUAAAGGUGACACUUUCAAAACCCAAGAAUGGCAAUGCACAACAUCAACGAGUUGUAUCAGUUGUUCCUUUGAAAUCUGGCUUUCGUCCUGUAAUGGAUACAUUGAGGGAAUUACACGGAGUAAGACCUGAUUGUUAA